AUGGGUUUUUAUGUACGAUAAGUUAUUCGCGCGGAUGCUCUUGGCCCCCAAAGUCCAUUAUUCAAGCAGUACAAUUCCUCAAAACCCCCAGGUUCCUCUCAAGUAAUCAAUAACUACAACAUACAUAAUAAUAUGCCCUCCUCCACACUCUCCACCCUCCGUCUUCCCCGCCUCCCCGGAUUUCCCAACCACUAUCGCUAUGGAUCAUCUUACUCCACAGCACUAACCAUCGCAUCCGCGUCGCUGCUCACUGCAGUUGGUAUCCUCUGCGCACCGGCUGCGUAUCGAGACUACAAGAAAUACAUGUCCUAUGGACCCGGCGGUCCGCCAUACAAUGUCUUCGGAUGGCUGGCCAUCUCCCUCCUGGCACCGCUGCAGCGCGAGAUGCUGGAUACAGCGGUAUAUGACCAGGACGUGGAAGAGUUAGGAGAAGAGAGGACAUGGUUGAAAGACGAAGAUUUACCACAGAGAAAGGGACCGAGACCGGAAGUUGGGACGCAUGCUGCGCCGCAGAGGCAGCUUACGCAGACCCCGGAAACGGAGAUUAAAGAGAAACUGCUCAAAACCUUCCUCGAGAUUCAGUUUAACAAUCAAAAUAUACUGAACAUUGCACCGUCCAAUCUGGAAAAACAUACAUCUGCACUCUUCAUCUCCGACCUCGCGCCUCGUCCCAAUCCUCUCGUUACUUCGUCCACACGGGGUGAAAUCGCUCAUGUCCACGGCACUGCCGAACAUUCGGUCCAUGUGAUCCUUUCGCCUGUGGACAGCAAGAAGGUCAUCGAGGCCGGAUGGGGCCAGCGUCACUCGCUGUCGGGCUCUACGGUUUUUCGCAAAUUAUUCGGGAAGAAAAGGGCAAUGUUUAUCCCGAAUGAGUUUCUCUUGAUCUAUGCACCGAGGGAUGAGGAGGAGAUUAAAGUUGUGAUAAAUAUCGUAAAGGCAGCAGUGGCGUUUGGAGCGGGAGUGUCGACUGACGAGGUAAUCUGAGCAGUUUGAUGUGUCGGGGAGUUCUGAUUCAGGUGAUGAGGUGCAGAACUGGGACGGUGUUAGUUGUCUGGGAGAUAUAUGGAUGUACUAUAUGGGAGGAUGUAAUGGGAUACCCAGUGAUAACGGAGGAGUUUGGCGUCGGGCAAACAUAUCUGAUCAUUUAACUUGUCCUUGUGGAUGUUUAAUAGUCGUGGAUAUAAUCUCAUCUCACUUGAAGCUCAAUAUCAUCCUCCUGUCUUUACAAGGGUUCAUAUCAUGGAUUUACAACAUGUCCAGUCUGGUCUAAUCGAUUCAUUCGCCGUUAAUACAUGCUAGAAAAAGAAAAUACAGAUCCGAAGUUUAGACCACGGAGUAUGGAA